AUGAAGCGACAACGCCAUAAUGCUACUGUGCCCUCGUCAUGGAAGUUUUGGCUUUCCUGUUGGAUCUUGUUGUUUCAGCAGUCGAACAAUAAGAAUUUGCUGACGGAAGCUAGAAUUGUGGACGAUUAUGUGUCACCACCAACAACAGCAACAACAACAGCCACAGUUAGUAGUAGUAAUAGUAUGGAACAAAACAACAACAACAACAACAACAACAUUGACGACGUGGCAUCCAUUGAUCAAGAUUUAAAGGAGAUUGGACAACUCUUGCGGAUCGGUGACUUUGAUGCGGCACGCUCUUUGUACGAGGAGGGGUCGUAUUCAGCAUCCUACGCCCAAGUGUUUUUGAACGAACCAGUCCAACAGGAAAUAGAGGCUGGAGAAGUGGUGACGGGACCCGCCAAUGGGGGUGGAAUCGCAUCUGGAAUUGUCCAGGAAACCGUCCGGCCGGGAGAACACCAAGUCAAGAUUCGAUACGUGGCUCUUCUGGAUACGGAGGAGGAUACCCCCGUCCAAACGAGUAGGACGGGAAGUCCUGCUACUACUACUAAUACCGCUACCACCACUACUGCAACCACCACAAAAAGAACAAGCAAGCAAUCUCUCAUACGGAGCAAGGUCAUUCCUCACUUUUCGGAAAAGAGCAAACGCCAUCGGGAUGACCGAAAUGGUGAUACUGCAGCAGAGGAUACGACGACGGUUGCAACUGCGGCUAUCAACACGGAUCACUAUUGUCAUGUGGGAGGCAACCCAGAGCCAGUGACGGGUGGAUGCUUCAAGGCAUCGGGAACUCUCACCAAUCAUGCCUUGGGCAGAGAUUAUGAUUAUCAAUACGACGUCUUGAAUGGAAACCACAAUGCAAGAUCUAUUUCCAAGCUGAGCCGAGGAGUGGUCAAUGAUGGAUCCUUGGGAUUCCACAUGCUCAGCAAGGAGUUCUUGCUAUUCACAUCCUACUUUGGACGUACGGACUAUGCCGAUCACUUGAUUCAAACGGCCUUUGAUGCGGUGAAUGAUCCAACGGUUAGCACCGAAAUGGAUCGAAGCAACCUUCAUUUUUAUCACUUUCAUGAUGAGGCCCUUGCCUCGUUUUUGUACACCUUCAUGGCACACUUGACAUUGUGGAUGGAAACAGUAGUCCAUCUCGAUGUGGCUAUUGAGAUAUGCGAUGCUCCUUCCGAACGACAAGAGGCGAUCCAACAAUGGGAUCAAGCAGCUUCCAUGUACGUUGGAUCACGUGGUAGCAAGCGUGGCAUACUUCAUCACGAACUCGCUGCCAAGCAAUGCCAGGUAUUUCAUACCUGCCCACCCGACAAGUACGAAGUUAGUGCCAGCGACUUUGAAUACCAAGAAGGACAAGUACACAUUAAUGAGGAAAUUGCCGAUGAUUUUCAAACGGGACGACAAGGGUUAUUGAAUGGCGAUUGCGACACGGUCAAGGCACGAAAGUCCAAGAUUGUUCGGUCUAUGACCAUACCGUUGAUUCAAGCUACUCUGCUGGAAGCGUACAAAGUGGAUCGCAAUGGGGAUGACAACUACAUCAUGGGGCCCGAUGCCAGUGCCAUUGCCUAUGGAAUGACCAUUAUUCCUUUGAUCAACGCGUGUAAUGAAGAUGAUGCCACUGCCUUGUUCGACUCAUUGGGAGACUUGCACACGCCUGCGUCGUUUUGGGCCGGUGCCAAUAAUAAUCCCCAUACCAAGCCUCUUUCGUUUUCGACGGUCAAACAAAUUUUGGAAAGGAACUAUUCCUGUUUGAAAAUAAAGUGCUCUGACGUGGGAGGUAUUUGGAAUUAUACAUCGAACAACCAAUACAUGGAUGGGGCUGAGCCAUGCGACGGAUUUGCCACAACAACAGGCAAGGAUGCGCCUCCAUCCGAAAAUGCGGCGACAACCGGCGCAGAGCCUGGAGAGUCCAACGACGGAGUUGGAUUCUUCACGUUCCUCAUGUUCCUAGUUGUGGCAGGAGUCGCUGUUUUUGGGCUGACAGUGAGGCGAUUCACAAAAGAAAAGAGGGAAACGAAAAGGAGCGUUGAAGCUAAUCGUAACCUGCAUGAGCAGUCGCAAUGCUGGGACGAACGGGAGAUAGAAAUUACACUGGAUUGA